AUGGCCAUUCAGACCAAUCCUGGACCUAAGCUUGCGAACCAUCGGCCCAUGAGACAGCCCAUCACCGAGGCUGCUAAAUUCCAGCCUGUUUACAAUCAGCCAUCUGUGAGCGACAAGAAAGUCGCGAUAUCAGUCAAGGACCAUGAUUUCUUGACCCUUUAUUAUGAAAAGGCCUUCGAAAAUAUCCAGCAGACCAAUUGCCGAACUCUAGCUAAAGCCUAUGUCAAGCUCGUAGAGCCUCAGAAACAGGUGAACUAUCCAUACAAUGGACGAAAGGUCAUUGCCGGCACUAAAAGCCAGCUUGAUCCUAAUGAGACUAAGCCACCAUGGUGGCCGUCGAGAGUCACCCAUCGGGAGCCAGAUCACCUCCCUAAAUUUGAGCGUAUCCAGCUUCUAGUUCAUAUUCUUUGCGAGCUGCGAACCAGCCACGGCAUUUCGGUUGCAGAACUUAGAAAAGCCGACCAGCAAGUUCGACAUCAGAUUAAUCCACCUGGACGACUGCACAUCCUGGACGAGUUAUAUCGAGUCAGGCAACAAGAGGAGGAGUUUUUAAACGGACAAAAUGACGAACAAAAGAUGGCUUGGAUCUCCCACGCAAACUUUCCCGGUUCUUUAGACGCUGUUGGUCAGACAAGCGAUACUAUAAACAGCGGCUCUCUGCGCACUCUUUUCACUCGAGAUAUAGAGGCAUCGGACCACUCAGCAUCACCAUGGAGCAAUCACGCGUUCAGAGUCAAAACCGAGAACGAAAAUAUCAAACGAAUAAAACAUACGAUCUCGCCAAGGUCCGCUUCAGAAGAUGGCUCUCCGGUUGCUGCUCGAUCCUUGAAAAGGAAGCUGAAGGUUGCUGAAGUUUACUCAGCUGCUCGGGCAAAGAGCUCUCUUCUUCCCACGCCCUAUGCCUUUCCUCCUACCCUUACCGAUCAGCUAUCUCUGGUCGACUAUUAUGACCCGGCUUUUCUACUCCAGCCCCUCAAAUUCCCAGAACCCAGUCACUCGAUAACCAGCAUACCAAAUCAAUCAUCGCAGCACCAGGAAACGUGUGACAUCUAUCUCCAGAAUCCCGCCAUCGACACCUCAGCUCAAUACUGGCCAACGCUAGAUCCAACCUGCCACCACAACAUUACUAACACCAGUCUGUUCACUCCCAAAUCUAAUAACACCGAAGGCGGAAGCGUCUCACAACCCGACUCGGAGUUUCAGGUUAGCCUGAUGCGGAAAUUUCAAGUGGUUCGUGGUGCUCGGUAUAAUCUAUAG